AUGGAACAAGCGAAACCGCGCACACGUCGACGACGCCCGGUAGAUAAGUAUGGCCCGAGAUUCUUCGACAAGACAGAGCACGUGCAAGACAGAGCGGCUGCCAUGAAAGCCACUUUGCACGGGGAUGAACGAUCGCAGUCUCAGCCUGCCGGAGGUUUCGAUAGUACCCCGUAUCCCUAUGCUCCGCCAGGGUAUACCGUUAAGUUUACUUUCCAUCGCGGCGUCAAUCUUCCGUGCGCAGAUUUUGGUACCUUCUCCUCGGAUCCUUACGUCCAUGCUCAACUGAUUGUCGACCUUCCCCAACGCCACAAACAGGACCCCAUUGUAUCGUAUCGGACGCCUACUGUGCGCAAGAACCGAGAUCCAGUGUGGGAAAAGGAGUGGAUUGUGGCCAAUGUACCCGCUUCCGGCUUUCAGUUGAAAUGUCAUGUCUACGAUGAAGAUGCAACCGACCAUGACGAUAAACUCGGGAAUGCCUACGUCGAGAUAGACACAAUGUAUGAGAAUUGGCCAUCUAUCAAAGAGCAGUCUUAUCGCGUGAAAAAGCGAUUGGGGAGCAAACGAGUAUAUCUUUUCGGCAGCAUUGCCGCCUUGGCUUCACGGCGUCUCGACGUGGCUUCGCAUCUGGUGAUUAGUAUCGAUUGCCUGGGCAAAACACCCGGCGAUCAAGGUGCGCAUAUGUACACUGUUGGACCGAAUUAUUGGUUCAAACACUUUUCUCCCGUUUUUGGAAGACUAGCAGGUACCAAGGACGAAGUUCAGAGCCAAAAUGGCCAAAAGACAAUCAGUCGAUACAACUUUCAGGCAGUUGAGAUACAGCUCAAAGGCCCUGUGCCUGCCGAGCUUUAUCAUCGCUAUGUCGAAUUCAAGCCAUUUGUUGCCGGAAUGUUUACAUCUCACAGUCUUCGUGGCAGGAUCCUCAACCGAGCGCUUCAUCAUCAGCAUGAGCGUAUAUAUAAUUUCGACAAGACAACCCUUAACGGUCAGUUCGAAUCGCCGUGUAUCGAACUCACCCAAAAAUUCCUCGAGUUUGUACACUAUGCCCAGGGUGGGAGAAUUUUCACAUAUGUCAUUACACUCGACGGACAGUUUCGCUUCACUGAGACGGGGAAGGAGUUCGGCAUCGAUCUUCUAAGCAAACACACCAUGCACAGUAAUGUAUCGAUUUAUAUCGCGUAUUCUGGAGAAUUCUUUCUCCGGAGACGUAAGCAUCGCCACCACCGACAGGGUGAUACUCCGCAUCCUUCAGAGAACUGCAACUAUACGGCGGAUGAGUCGCAGCAUGAUUUGGAGAUAUCUAUCGACCCGGCCGACUACGAGCUUUUUAUUGAUAACGACAGCGGCACCUAUCGUCCAAACGCAGAGUAUCUUCCUCUUCUUAAACAGUUUAUCUCGUCUAAUCUGGUUGGUCUUCACAUAACCACACUUGACUGCAGAAAGGAUGCUACGCGAAUGGAAACCUUGAAGAAUGAGCAACGUGAAUUCAAGAAGCACGAAGGAAAUCAGAUGAUUUUUCUUCAGCGAAGUAAUAGCUCAUCUCUAUCCUCCUUGUCCAGUUCAGACGAAGAGGACCUGGACGAACGCAGCGACGCGCCACGCAAAGCGAGGGGGGACUUGGCGCAGAAGGUACACGACAUGCGUGAUGUCAAGGGCCACUUGAUUAACUGGGCCCAGAGAGAUGACCAUGCCGAUCCCGAACUCAACGCGGAAAGUACUGCAAAGGGCCAGAACUGUGUUGAAGGGGGUACUGUCAAUUUGUAG